UAGGAGUCUCUCGAAGGAUCGAACAGAAGCUGGACCUGCAUUAAAUGCACAGGUCCCAGCUCCUCCCACGAUAUCCCAGAAGAGUUCUGUACCUGAGGAGCGUUCUGCAUGGAACUCUGGAGUGCCAUCAAAAAAUGCGCCAUCUGUGUCCUCCUCAGUAUCGAAAAGUUCUACACAGACUGGAUCUCACUUCCGUGGUCCUGCACUAGAUGCCCAACCUGGGAAGCAGGUUGAAAGCACUGCAUCCAAGUCUACAGACAACCGAUCCAACUCUGUUACUGCGGCGCCUGCCAUGCCGUCGGUAAUCGGUCCGCCACAGAGCCUUCCACCGCCGACGAAUCCCCCUCAAAAGACGCCUGGGACGAUCUGGCCUCAGGCCAAGAAGGCCUUACUGGCUGAAGCCGCGGCAAAAGGCCUAAUGGCUGCACCAGAGAACAGCGGGAAGCACAUUACUCCGAAAGAGAUUUGUAGCUUCCUUGACCUCAAUCCCAGUUAUAUUGAGUUGUGCGAGCAUUUGGAAGGCAAAGGAUUCCAUCUUGCAAGGGGCACUUUUGCAAGACUUUUGUUAGCUGCGGCGCCAGACGUUGUUUCAUCCUCACCAGGAUCUGGUGCGCGGGGUACUGGCCAGAUUGCUCCUUCUGUACAGCAAGGCGCAAGACCUCCUUCAACGCCAAAUCUAGCAAUGCAGCCACAAAAAGUCGCUGCGCAGCAGCAGCUUUCAAAGGAAGCAGGGAAUGCACCAAUUGUUUUCACCGACGCCGCUUCGCCUGCGGUCCUCAAACGCGGCCGCGGCAGGCCACGAAAAACAGACAGCCCUAUGCAAACGCAACCAAGGAGCAUGCCGCCACAGUACCCCAUUACACGUGCUGAUGAAUCAGCUGCCGUCAAACGGAGCCGCGGUAGGCCACGAAAAUACGCUUCUCCUCCCGUACCGGAGCAAGUAAAUCAAUCAAAGCAAGAGAUGCCGCAAGGCAACGGAGUCCCCCUUCCCACAUUUCCUACGGUCGAUGAACCUUCUCCACUUGUGAGCGGUUACUUUCAAGCAUUGACCCCUCAUGAAGGCUCAGAUUCACGUCAGCCAUCCGUUGCUCAGCUGCUGCAAUCUGAUGAAAGAGAGACCCAAUCGUCAAGGGGUAAUGAGCACCUAGAGCAGAAUGAUCAGUUGAGUAAUGCUGAGGAGAGUACGUUGCAAAGUAGUAAAAUCCCCGGUGACCAACAAGCGGGACUGUCCACAGGCUCUUUCCAGGGCAACAGUGAGAGAAAUGGAUUUAUUCCUACAGUCGCUCCUGAAAGAAACGUCCCGCCUGUUUUGAAAGAUCCGUCGAAAGAAGCAGAGCAGACGAAUCGAUCUGAACUGUAUGCACCUGCUGUCUAUAUGGACCUGGGUCGGGGUCAGAAGCAGCAGAUUGCGGAAGGCUCUACUGAGAAGCAAGAAUUCUUGUCCGAAUUUACUUCUUCAUCUGCUGGCGAGAAGACAACAACGACGCCUUUCAUUGCCACUGAAGUGGGUGCAUUCAGUAGACCUAAGUUGGCUCCACAUUCUGGGACUGCUUCUCAGAAAAUGGCUUACCCCGAAACUCGAGAUGAUGCUCCGUUAAACGGGUCCAAAAACAAGCCUGGAGGAGUCAACUGGAUACCCUUUCCAUCCAGCAGCAGUACGCAGAGAGUGCUAGUUGGCGGUGGUGCUGCCUCCGGGCCGCCUGUUCGCGAAAGUACAGUGAAUAAUGUACCUAAGCGAGCCGAGACUCCUCAGCAACGAACCCUGACCGUUAGCCAACCUCUUAACGCGUCCACACGCGCUUUAUCUAAAGAGGCAUCUGCUAGAAAGCGGACUUUUAAUGACAUCGUUGACCUUUCUCAAGACAUUUCCGACAACGAGGAAGAUACAGAAUCGUACUAUUCUCAAAAACUUCGAAAGUCGGAUAAUGAUCAAGAUACAGUUGCAACUAGAGUGUCUGAGGUGAAGAUCGGGGAGAGUUCACAGCUGGGCACGCCCGACGCACAGCUAAAAAGUCGUGAUCUCACCGCAUUCAUGAAUCCCGCGGAAGUAAAUAAUCGCUUUCAGCAUGCUACAAUUGUCACUAAAUUCGACAAAAAGGGUGCUCUCAGAAAGUCCGCCUACAAUCCAAAAACCAUCGCACGUGACGUCCUCCUAGCCUCUGGACGCCAUCCUUCUAUGCGACCUUUGAACGCCCACUUUGAGAUAAUCAAAGCAAAUUUUACACAAGUUGAUAGUUCGUCCGACCUGUCUACUUUCAAAUGGGACUUAGUUGACCCGGGGGACCCUAUAAUUCGGUCAGGAGCUCCAGCAAAUCCACCGCAGAGAAGCCAAGACCCUGUGGUUCACGGAAAUUCUUCUAUGUUGAACACGAAAAAAGGUAGCAGUCGAACAGUUCCCACAAAAUCACCGAUAGUUUUGCUUGAUAGUUCUUCUGAAGCCGAAGGAGGUAAGAGCCCACGUCCAUUUAGUGAUCGAAGUUACUAACGCCUCUGACAGCAGACAAGACAGCAAGUGCUCGACCUCAGGGAGUUGAGCCACCACGUCAAAUGCGGUCCAGUGUGAGUGUGAGCACUCCUAUGGGCGGUCACCAUGGAGAUCCCAGUGACAGUACCGGGACAAUUCCCGAACCCACUACAUUACCACGUGCUAGGUCGGUCCGUCUCCAGCCUUCUAGUCAGACAUCUGGCAACCCACGUCAAGUUCAAGGCCAG